GUUCGUUCAGUCAUGUCGAAGACACGCAAGUCCAAGUCGACGCCGUACGUCCCGCCGACAUCGGCAGCAGGAUCGGCCUUCACAUACCUCCUUGAGACGAGUCCUGCCGUGCAGCAUGCUGCGUCGUUCCUUGAAACUCACAUCCCAGUGUACGCUCGCCAGCCAUCGUUGGACAACCUCUACGACGGGUCGAUCCAGCGCCUCCGGCACUUCAUGACCAAAUCCGAGUGUCAAGACGCCAUCGCUCUCGCCAAGCGCAUUGGGUUCGCACACGUCUUUCAUCCGCAGACGUCAGAGUACGCGUUCCGAGACAACGACCGACUCCUACUUCGUUCCCCGGCCUUGGCGUCGCAAUUGUGGGAGCGCCUUCGUCCGUUGCUUCCACCGUCGCUCGACAAGGCAGUGGGGUGCAACCCCGCGAUCAAGUUCUAUCGAUACCGCACCGGCCAGGCGUUCGGAUGCCAUGUAGACGAGAGCGUCGUGGACGAACCCACGUCCACCGAGAGUCGAUACACGCUGCUCGUGUACUUGAACGACGCGGCGGACUCGGGGCUUGUCGGCGGCGCCACCCGGUUCUACGUGAGCACGUCGAGCCGCCGAGCCUCCAAGAAGUCGAAGAAGGAACCCAAGGAAUGCGCGUUGGACGUGAUGCCCGAGACAGGCAUGGUGCUCAUGCACGGCCAUGGCGACCACUGCCUCGAGCACGAAGGCGCGCGCGUGGACGGCGGCGAAAAGUACGUGCUGCGGACCGACGUCAUGUUUCCCUUGUGACAGCACUUCGAAAGCAAGCUAGAGUACCUUGGCCUCAAAGGUUCACAGAAGUAGAGUCCAUACUACACAAGCGCAAGUGCAUGGGAGGCCGACAUUGCACUAUGGAAUUAUGGCAACUUUGAUCCAUCGUGGUGUACUAGUACAUAUGUAGACUACGCUAAUGCGAUAUAGUAAUACUAGAUGGAAUGCAGGUCGUUGCUGUGCAAUUCCAG